AUGGGCGAGCACGGCCUUUUUGGAACGGGCGGCUACGGCGUCAUCGGGCGCUCAGCGGGCAACGGGCCUCCACAAAUCGGCGGACUCAGCGCGCAAUGCGAUCCGCUCUUCACCGAUUUCUUCUACGCUUCUGAUCGCCCACUGUACUCGCCACCGCCGCUUCCGUUCACCGAGCGCGGCAUGAGCAGCAUGAAUCAAUACGGUGGUCACUCGUUGGACAUUGGUUCGAUCGGAAAUGGGCAGCAGUUUCGCUUCAGUCAAAACUACCAUCACCUCAACCACAGCUGCGACUCGACUGUCAUGUCGUCGAACUCGAGAAGCGACGUCGAGUUGGCGCCUACGUACCCCGACACCAAGCUGAUGCCCUACGACAUUUUCGACGCCAACCGCAACGCUUAUUCCCUCGACGUCAGCGCCGUUUACCAGAUGAUCGAGAGAUAUGCGAAAGACAAACUCGGGUGCAAAUAUCUGCAAGAUAACCUUCCGCCAGCCGGUCCGCGUCGUGAUGCUGUCUUUGCUGUGCUCAUGCGGCAGCCUGAUUCGUUUGAAAGCCUGGCAUUUGACGUGUUCGCCAACUUUUACGCCCAGAAGCUCGUCGAAAGCGCCAAGUCGGCUGACCAAGUGGCCUGGAUCCGCACUUCCAUCGUCUCGAAGAUCCCGGAUAUUUGCUACAAUCGCUACUCAUGCCGUGUUGUGCAAAAGUCGUUGGAGGUGCUGCCCGAGUCUGAUAAGCUGGCGCUGCUCUCCAAGAUCAUGGAACACGAUGUCGUCACCAUGGCCGUCGACCAAAACGCCAACCAUAUCGUCCAGAAGAUUGUCGAGAAGUUCAAGCCCGCCGAGUGGAAGCUGAUGCUGAACUCCGUCACCUCGCACGACGGCAGCUUUUUCCGCAUAAUGGAAAGCAAGUACGGGUGCCGCGUGAUGCAACUGACCGUCGACACUUUGUCCAAGCAGCUGGCCAACAAAAUAACUUUCUGCGAGGUCCAGACGGUCCUGGUGCCGUUGAUGGAAAAGAUCUUCACGCACUGCGAGCGCCUCUCGUCAAACGAAUUCGCCAACUACGUCAUUCAGCACACGCUUCAAAUGCCAAACCUUGGCGAUUACCGGAACAGGAUCAUCGAGCAGUGCCUUUUGCGCAACUUACUGUCGCUCUCCCAGGAGAAGUUUGCGUCCCACGUCGUCGAAAAGGCGCUGGCCUACGCCCCGCCGCAGCUCCGCUUCGCCAUGCUGGAAGAGCUGUUCGACGGAUACCUGCCGGAUGUGGAGACCGGAAAGGAUUGCCUCGACGUCCUCCUCUUCCACCAAUAUGGCAACUACGUCGUGCAGCGCAUGCUAACGGCUUGCAUCGACGUGCUGAAGGGCCCUAGGAGCGCCGUCAGUGCGUCCGACCUCGCUUCGUACCGCAAGUGGACCGGACGUCUGACCGACCAGAUCUCGGAAAAUGUGGGCCAUCUCAGCCGCUACUCGUCCGGCAAGAAGAUCAUCCAGCUGCUGCAGGACUAUGUGAAA